CCGAGUGGCUUAUUUUUUUGGAAGUGACAUUAAACACAUUUAAAAACACACCUUUGUUCCCUUCCUCCUCCUCUCGCAGGAUGUCAGAUUUCGACAGCAAUCCUUUCGCGGAUCCGGAGUUAAACAACCCGUUUCAGGAUCCAUCAGUGACACAAGUGAGACCGACGGCUCCUCCGGGCUUAGAGGAGUACAAUCCUUUCUCAGAUGGCAAACCAACGCCCCCGAACAUGGCGCCCAAGACGGCACCGAGCACCACCACCACACAACCCGCCAUCAUGAAUCCCACCGAGGAGCCUCCGGCCUACUCGCAGCCUCGGGGACAGGAGCAGACGAGAGCAGCUGCUGAGCUCUUGAGGAGGCAGGAGGAGCUGGAGAGGAAGGCUGCAGAGCUGGACCGGCGGGAGAGAGAGAUGCAGUCCCUCAGUGCUUCAGGAGGCAGGAAAAACAACUGGCCUCCCCUCCCGGAGAAGUUCCCCAUGGGUCCGUGUUUCUACCACGACAUCACCGUGGACAUUCCUGUCGAGUUUCAGAAGACGGUCAAGAUCAUGUACUACCUCUGGAUGUUUCAUGCUGGGACGCUGCUGGCUAACAUGGUGGGCUGCCUGGCCUGGUUCUGUGUGGACGCGUCUCACGGAGUGGACUUCGGCUUGUCCAUCCUCUGGUUCAUGCUCUUCACACCUUGCUCCUUCGUCUGUUGGUACAGACCCAUUUAUGGAGCUUUCAGGAGUGACAGUUCAUUCAGGUUUUUUAUUUUCUUCUUCGUGUACAUCUGUCAGUUUGGCAUCUACGUGCUUCAGUGUAUCGGCAUCUCCGGUUGGGGCGCCAGUGGCUGGAUCUCUGCUUUGAUGGGCCUGAAUACAAGCAUCCCAGUCGGCAUCAUAAUGAUCCUCAUCGCUGCUCUCUUUACCUCACUGGCUGUCAUGUCUCUCAUCAUGUUCAAAAAGGUCCAUGGGAUGUACCGUACCACCGGUGCCAGCUUCGAGAAGGCCCAGCAGGAGUUCGCUACGGGCGUCAUGUCUAACAAAACGGUCCAGACGGCCGCCGCUAACGCCGCCACCAGGGCUGCGACGACAGGCUUCAAGGAGCAGAUCUGAUCGACGAGCCGCUUGAGCCCACUCACCUCUCCGUCCACCCCUUCCUUCUCCUCUUCUUCUUCUUCCUCCUCCUCUUCUCUCAGUGCGACACCCAGCUACCACCACCCUGAGCCAGCCGCCCCUGUUUGAACGCAUGAAGAGCCCCCGCCUCAUCGCCGUCCUCCCACCCUCAGCCUUCUGACGUUAUCUGCUGUAUGAGUGCAUUGCAGUUUGGCCGUCUGUGAUCCGAGUUACCCGAGGGGGGAAAUUUGGGAACAUUCAAACAGAACAGGGCUUCAGCUCUCUCCGUCCCUGCUCCACCGACAUCAUUGUGCACUCUCAUCUCUGACUCUGGGACUC